CAACACCUCUGUGUGUGUUGAUGCUGGUCAGCUGCUGACAGCCUGUGGAGAGAAACAUCAACUACCACCAGCACCAGCAGCAGCAGCAGUUGAUGAGGAUGAUGGAAGAAGAAACGGGGACUGAACCGAUGUGAAGGAUGCUGCUGCUGCUGUGAGACAAACCGAACCGUGUUUCCACACCCCCGCUUUGAUCCGUGUCAGCGUCAGCUACACCUGCCGUGGAUGGUUUUCUCGAUGGGUUGUGGAGGGAGUCGGGCGGACGCGAUAAUCGAGCCGCGGUACCAUGAGAGCUGGACCAGAGAAACAGAGUCGACAUGGCUUACGAACACGGACGUAGAUCCCCCCGUCUCGGUCCCGAACAGUAAAGCUGUGGAGGCCGGUCUGAAGGAGAAGAGGAUGGUGACAACUGGAACCCAGUGUGGGAAGCAGGCCAUCACCACCAAUGGCUCCAACCACCAGAGGAGACCAAGGCGCUCCUUGACUGAUGGACAGUGCUGUGAAAAACAAAGUACUCGCGACUCCAAAAGAGGAUCAUCGAAGGAGGCCAGCGCUUUGUCCAAGGACGGCCAGCCUGUCAGUGUCAACAGCCCUGGAGCUCCUGAACCGGAGACCGCCUGCGACAAGAGAUGAAAGAAGAGCUGCAACACUGUGAGGAGGCAAAUUAGCUGGGCUGCAAGAAUAUUUAAUCACACAGCAGGGCAAGGACUUUCAGACGUGUCCGGAUGAUCUUUGCUUGUGACUUUGUGCCGCUCUGGCUCCUGAAAGCAACGGUUCACCUACCAGGCGCCUGCUUACGUCUCCACCCAAAGACCUCGAGAUGCUGCAUUGCUGUUGCAUGUGUGAGGAAGAGAGUGGGAACCAAACACUAUGCUUUUUUCUCCAUGCUCAUAGUACAAGUCAGGGAAUAUGUCACUGUGUUAAGACAAUUAGAAGAAGAAGAAGAACAAAAAAACAACAUUUGAAAAGGAGAGAUUGCCCCAUAUGCACACAAUAAUCUCAAUCUGCACAUCAGUUGUGCUCUGUGUCGGGGCUUCCUGAAGAAUUUGCUUUUGUUCUUUGUGCAAAUAUUUUGUUGUUGGAGUGUGCUGUUUAAGCCCAGUCAGUGCAGUGAGUAAUUUUCAUUAAAAAAAACAACAACCUUAAAGUGCUGUUUAAGUGCUGAGAUUGGGGUGUUGGAAACUUGAAUGCUAAAGACGUUCUUCUUCAGCCUUUGCAAGAUAAAAAAAGAACUACACCUGCAUGUGCCUACAAUUCCUCUUAAUUUGAACAGAACUGUUGAUUUUUUUCAGUAUUUGUUCUGUAUAAUGUGCUGUACGGCUCUGUUUUAGUCUCUAUUUUGUGUUUAGUGGAAAAUUGUAUUAUUUACAACAAUGCAAAGUAUAACAUUGUUGGGGCUCACACUGAUCUGCAUGUGGACAUCUGUAUUAUACUGCUAAGCCAUUUGACUUCAAAGUAUUUUAGAUAACAAGAACUCAUGAAAUAAACUCAGGAGGUCGGAGGUGACGAUGUAGAGCGGUAACCAAACGACUGACCAGCAGAUGGCGAUGUUGAACACCUGAUGCUGCAGAAGGCUUACAAGAAUCAAGUGGAAGCUGUGAUGCUCAGCUGGGCUUGAAUGUAAAUAAAAGACAAUCUAUUGGUUAUGACUUCAGCCAGA